UUGCAUGUGUGAACGAGAGCUUUCGUCCACGAAACACAAGUACGAAUCACAUUUAAAUUCUUCUCUGUUAAUAAAAAGAAUAUUAUUCACUAUUAAUUCAUUUAAAAUGUAUAAUAUCAACAUAAUUAAAAUUAAAAUUAAAUAUAAUAUAAAAUUGUUAUGAAUUGUUUGAAAUCAAAAUUUUAUAACAAUUCGUAAAUAAUAAAUAAAAUAAAUAAAAAAUUUACUGAAAAUUAAAAUAAUUUGAUAAAAAUAAUUUGAUAAAAAUACAUAUGAAAAAAUAUUAUCUUAAAUAGUAAUUUAUGAAAUAUAAAAUUUAAUCAUUAAAAUUAUAGUUUAUAUUUAUAUUGUUAAAUAGGCUUUAUUUAAAUUUAAAAUUAAUCUUUAUUUUAAAAAAUUGUUAUUAAAAUAAAGAUUAAUUUUAAAUCAAAUUAUCUUAAUUUGAUUCUUUUUAUUAAAAGUUUUUAAAUUUAAAAUCGCAUAAAUCGAUCUGCGUAAUCGAUCAAGUCAUUCAGUUAUUUUCAAGUCAUUCUACGCAUGCGUCAAAAUUAUAUAGAAAAAACCAUUAACCACGAGGCUGAAAUUAAAGACAUAUAAAACACAAGUUAUACAAAUUUAAGUAAAAAUUAAAAUACAAAAAUGUAUUUAAUGUAUUAUUUAAAUGAAGAUGGAAAUCGAGUAUACACAUUAAAGAAAAUUGAUCCAAAUGGAAAACCGACAUUAUCAGCUCAUCCAGCUCGAUUUUCUCCAGAAGAUAAAUACUCAAGAGAAAGAAUAACAUUAAAAAGAAGAUUUGGUUUGUUACUCACACAACAACCAGCACCUACUUAUUAAUAUUUAUACAUAAUUUUAUAUGUAAUCAUAUAUUUAUAUAUUAUAUGUAAAUGAUAUCAUAAUUAUAAAUAUUACAUAAAAGGUUUAACUUUUAUUUAUAACUUCUCUGUUUAAUAAUUUAAAUAUCAUUUUAUCUGUAUUUAAUAUAAAUUAUAUUUGAAAUGCAAUAAAUAUUUUAUAUGUAAUGAA